AUGUCUCAAUAUGAUGCUACAGAAAUAGGGUUCAUUGAUGAAGUCUCAAAAGACGAGCGGACACUCGGAUGGCAUUAUGGGCACUCAUUGAGAGGAAAAUGGGCACAUGCACAUCAACCCUUUGUCCAUGGGUGUCAUGUCAGCUUGGAAGCACUGUUGACUCUUGAUGGCAUUGUUGCAUGCACUGCUAUCAAAGGUUCUAUGAUGAAAGAGCUCUUUCUUGAGUGGCUGGAAUUUACUGUUGUGAGUUACAUAUCAAGCUACAUUCUUGGACAUCUGAUGAGUCUGAUAACCUUCUAG